AUGAACGAAGACGAAAGCCAUCGGAACGAAAAGGAAGCGCAUGAUAUCAAGCUUUGGGGAGUUUUCCUCUUCGGAUUAGUCGGCGCCGCCGUCACUGCCUUCUCCCUGUCCAGGUCGCAGUCAAAAGCAGGGAGUGGUGGUUCUUUUCGAUCAUCGUUUCAAGAAGAAGCAUGGAAGAGGUACAAUAAAAGAUUGCAAGAGGAAUAUAAGGAGGAGAUGGAGAGGGUGGAACGAAUAAAGCGUAUGCAAACUGUGUUUAAUAGAGAAAGGGAAAAGCGAAGAAGAAGCUACGAGAGCUGGAUGGGGAAUGGUGGUGGUGCACACCAUCAACAUUUUCAAAGAGAUGAUUGGUACUGGAAGGCGGAAGAAUCCUUCAGAGAGCAGUGGGCCAAUUAUCAACACACUCCAAGAGAGAGCAGAAACUAUUCAUUAUCACAUCACUACUCAGUUUUGGGUCUUGACAGGUUUAGAACAACGCCAUAUACAGAUGCUGAGAUUAAGACAGCGUUUAGAACCAAGGCAAUGCAGUAUCAUCCUGACCAGAACCAAGAUAAUAGAGAGGCUUCCGAGGCCAAGUUUAAAGAAGUAGUUUGUUCAUAUGAGGCCAUACAAAAGGAAAGGAAGAACCAUAAUCUAUAA